AUGGCAUGUAAUUUCGAGGAAGGACAAGGAAAUGAAGGAGAUGGAUUACCCAAGGAUACAGUUCAUGAAGGAUUAAUAUCGGCGUUAGUAUCUGAUUUAGGUGUGGAUAGCUUCAUUGAGGUAAUACUCUUAUCGACAUGGGAUAACGUUGUUGGACCCAAACUAUGUCAUGUAUGGUAUAGUGAUCAGGAGAGAUGUAAAAUUGGUGAAAAAUGCAUCCUUCAUGUCGCCAGUUUAACUGGUCGUGAUUUAUUUCAUGAUGGUAGUGAAGGGGAAGGCAUCGUCAGCUAUAAAUUAUUACUCUUACCGCAGCAUGAUGUUGUUGUUAAUUGCUAUAAAUUUUAUGGAUGUUUAAAAGAUGGCAGAACUACAUUAUAUGCAUUUUCUAUCUUAAUGCCUACCCGAUAUUUAAAUGACUAUAUGCCUUUGUAUCAAAUCUGUGAAACCAGAAUUGUGGAGUUUACCGCUAAAUUUCGACUCUUCCAAUUCAAGAAUUAUCAAACUGCAAUUGAAAAGAUCUUUAAUGAUUUAAAGGCAUUCUUAAUACAUAUUACUGCAAUAGUUCGCGGGAAACUAUCCGGUACACUCGAGAUUGCUGAUACGUGGUUAUUUAGCAUAUUUAAAAAUACUACGAAAGAAGAAAUCGCUCUUUUAGAAAAGGCAAUAACAUCGCAUUUGCAAACUUGCCGUUGUAGCAUAGUCAUUGGCAGCGAUAUGAAGCAAAUCAAUAAAAUGGUAAGAACGUUAGCAAUGUUUAAUAGUGAAAAGGAACUUCAAAGUUCUCGGAUUAAUCUGGAAGAUGACGAGCGUAUCAAUCAAUCUUAUCUACCAGACUUGUAUCUGCAAGGGUUAUUAAUGGAAUUAGAAUCCUUACCUAUAAGUGACAUCGUUCGUAGCCAUCGUCCAACUACCAUUAUUAGUCUCCAUAACUGGGAAGUAUACCGUACUGCUUUACCUGAUCAACAUGCCUCCAUUCUACAAGAAAUAUUAAAAAUUGAUUUAGCUACACUAUGGAUCAAUAACAAUAAAGUGACUGUUUCUUUAUCGCCCCAAAUGCUAACUCUUGUCGAAGAGGGUGCAUUGUUAAUAGAAGAAUUUCUUGAAGAGAUGAAGGAACUGCCUUGCAUUACACAGAUAAGAGCUGAAUAUAUCGAACAUUUCAAGCAAAAAGUAGAUACUAAAACUUAUGCUUUAAUAGAAUUUAUCGAAUCGGAAAGAAAGCAGAAUAACGCAUUAAGCAUUGACGACAUCAAAACCUAUUUAUCCAUAAGAAAUGAUAAUGAUCUGAUUGUAAUCUUGGCCACAUCGGAAUAUUAUAAACCUGGAUUAUGUUCGUGGCUAAUUGGGCAACCAUCUCUUACAGGAUACUUACCGAGUGGAGGAGGCAAUCUUUAA